AUGGGAUUAAGCCAGUCCGUCGAAGAUGGGGUUCAGUCCACUCCAGAGGCCCUAAGCUACAUCCUCGCCGAACGCUUCGCCACAAAAUGCUUCACCCCGCUAGAACUAACCCACUUCAAAGAUAACUUCUUCUCCCGUGCAACAGACCAAAACGGGCUGAAAUACUGGAACGAAAAGACUCUCUCCGAUUUCCUGGGCAUCCCGGAUAGCAGUGAAACUGAAUGUCCGCUUGAUGCUGGUCCGGUUAUUUUCCGGAUGGUUUCGUAUUUAGGGGCGUUUCCGUUUCAGAAGACGCUGGCUCCGAGUGUAUUGACUUUUGAUGCUAUGGUGAAGGUGGUUGUGUUGCUGACUGAGCGGUAUGGGAGGGUGCUUAGAAGAGGGAGGAGGGAUAGGAUUAGGUUGUUGUUUGGGAGUCUUGCGGAUGUUGGGAGGAAAGAUUUGGGCCCUUCUGGCCAGGAUGAGGAGAAUGGCGAUGGUAAUGCUUCCAAGGGACGACAUCCGUUUGGAUAUGAUAUCGACCAGCCCGCCAAUGACGAUGAAGAGGAUGAAGAUGGCGAUGAUCUUGCUUUAGCAGCUUUAGAAUCGCUGGAUGCCAUUGAAGUGUUCAAGCACGAUCAGCGCGUGGACAGGACUGUCUAUGAAGCUCAUAUCUCGACGGACACGUUCCGUCGUUUGUUGAUGCUACUUCUUGUCAUCGCACCGUUGAAGACACUUGACGACGUCAGGACAUACACGGGUGACCUGAGUGCAGAGCGCAUGGAGACAGUCAGAAACGAGGCAGACCACAUUCUGGCCGCGUUCAUCGAGGACGAAACCACUGGAAGUGGCAGCGGUAUCAGCUACAAGUCGUUCUCGAAGAUGGUAUCCAACUCGUUGCAGCACCUGUUCGAUCCGUUGACGCCGUUAUUCGAACACAUGCUCUUUAGCAAGAAUCUGGAUUUAUCUCAGAAGCGAGGAAGAACUGAUUCGAUGCAAUCAGUGCAUACAGAGGAACAAUCAGAAUCGGAUACUUCUGUGCUGCCGUCACCGCCCCCUGUCUUGCUUUCUGGCGCGUUUGAAUCUGUGAUUCUAAAUUUGAGUCUGAUAUCCCAUCUUUCAUUCUUCCUACCAUCCACCUCUCGUGGCCUGAGCUUCCUCCAAAGCGGCGCACAACUACACCCCGUCUUUUCGACCGCAGCCCACGGCUCAUCUCUCACCUCCUUCUCCCACAAUGUGCUUACCUGGCAAGCACCCUCCCUCAUGAUCCUCAACGGAGUCACAGAAGAAAACAAAACAAUAACCCUAGGCGCCUACCUCCCCUCUCCCUGGUCCUCCUUCCACCACUCCUCAUCCUCAUCGAAAACCCCCGACACACUCCCCUCCCUCUUCCAACUCUCACCAAAACACCUCUUACUCCCUGGAAACCCUUCCCCCUCAUUCCACCAAGGCGCAACCACACCAACCGCCUAUUUCUCCACAGCAACCGGCCUCGCUCUCGGCUGCAAACUCCCACCCUCAUCCAGAACAAGCAUAGCCCAACCAAUCCCCCAUGGCGCAGGAAGUCUCCUUAUCGACUCCAGUCUCGAAUCAGCAGAUUUCCAUGUUUCGACCGUAGGACACGAUGGUGCUUUCCUCCCGCCAGAGAUCGUCUCUACAUCGCCGACAUCUGAAAAGACACACAUUGACAUCUACAACCUGGAGAUAUGGGGUGUUGUGCAGCCGGAAGACUCCUCAGCAUCGACAGGACAGAGACAAAGUGCUGUUGAAGUACAGAAGGCGAAGUGGGAGUUUGAGGCGAGGGAGGUGGAGAGGAGGAGGAAUGUAAACUUGAAUGCUGGGGUUGGGGAUAGUGCAAGGGAAAGUGCGAGGUGGAUGUUGGAGUCGGCGGGUUUGGUCGGGGAGAGUGGGAAGUAUGGGGGGAGUGUUUGA